AUGUGCUGCGUAUUUUUUCUACUUAUAGUCGGUCUGUAUUUUUUAUAUAAAGUUUAUGAGUACCACAAGGGAAAAACAUCUGUUGAAAACAUAAACAAUCGAUACGUCCUUAUAACGGGAUGUGACUCUGGCUUCGGAAAUGCGUUGGCCCUUUUACUUGACAAGAAGGGUGUUCCAGUGUUUGCAGCUUGCCUUACGGAGAAGGGUGGAACAAAACUGAAGAAUAAAACGUCUUCUCGACUCCGUGUUCUACAACUUGACGUUACGGAUCAAAACAGCAUCCACAAUGCUGUGGAAUUUGUCAAACACCAUUUGCCAAAAUCUUCAGGUUUGUGGGGGCUCGUAAGCAAUGCUGGUCUGCAGGUUUUGCAUGCACCUUUGGAGUUUCAUUCACCUGAAGCUGUAGAAAAAUGUUUAUCUGUAAACCUGUUUGGGUCGAUAAAUAUGACAAGGUCGUUUUUGCCUCUCCUAAGAAAAGAGAAAGGUAGACUUGUGUAUGUCACUAGCGAGUGCGUUUUCCGGGAACAGGCCUGUCGGGCUCCAUAUGUCAUCAGUAAAGUUGGAGUUGAAAGUCUUGCAGAAUGUCUAAGAAGAGAACUGUAUGAAGUUGGUGUGACGAUUCACACUAUCCAGCCAGGGGCAUUCAAAACCAAUAUAGUUGAAGACUUCAAUGAGAUGAAAUCAAUCCUACAGAGGGCGUUUGACGCCGUUGACGAAGAAGUUCAGGAAUUCUAUGGCCAACAUUGGUUAAGUAAAACAAAGGAAUCGUGCGAUAGGAUUCCACAUGUUCAGUGCAAGGAUCUUUCCCUGGUGACAAACGCCAUUUACCACGCCCUGUUUUCUGUGAUGCCAAAGAAACGUUAUAGAUGUGGACCUGACUGUAUAUAUUAUUUCUACCCCAUAUCUCUGUUACCGGAAUGGUUCAAUACAUGGUAUUGGUCAAUGUCCCCACCGCCGGACGCAGUCACAAAAAUACAGAAAAAAUAAUUAUUACAUCAUUUUCUUGAUGAUUGCUCUGCUCCCGAUUUGUUUAGUUUCAAUGGACUUUUGAGCUCGAUUACUGUUCGUUAUCUUCAUAUUUCACCUGGGCUUGCGGUUUGCAUAAGCAAAGUAUUUAUACUUAUAUCGUUCGUGUACUGUUUUAAUUCUUAUACAUGUACACUAACUUAAUCAUGGUCUAUAAGUUUGGAAAUUAAGUCAUUUUUAGUAGAAAUUGUAGCAUUUGGCUACGAACUUUAUGGGCAAACUUCGUAUAAUAUACCCUAUGUUUGUGUAUAAAGGCUUAUAUUGUUGAUUUCAUUUCAAUCUAUGGAAGAAUAACUAAAAAGGAAUUUAUCAAAAGGAAUCUUU